AUGAAAGAAGAGUUUAAAGUUCCUGAUAACGAAGAGGGUGAUUUUAUGGGCCCAAUGACAAAUCCAGCUGCAUCGUACUUGGAUGGUGGAAACUUCGAAAAUAUUCACACAAAAUGCAGUGUUAUGGAAUGCAGUGCACCGAUUCCAAAUGAUGGAUCGGAAUCAUCCACGGCUAAAACAUUGAAGUUUUCCGAAAAAGCUUGCAGUCAAAUAAUGAUUCCAUUGAAUGGAUGUGUUUCUAACAAAGGAUAUCCAAUGGGAAUGUUAUGUUCAGUUUGCUGUGAUUGUGAAAAUUCACUAACUCGAGAAAUGCGAAAAACCUUUGGAUAUAAAAUUGGUAUUGAUACUUCUCUAUUCAUACUAUAA